AAUACGUGAAUACUCUAUAAAUGGAGAUGAAGAGGUCCCUUCAUUAUAGUUUCUAAAUUAGAUUUUUCGUCCUGACUCCUUAUUUAAACGUAGGUGCGAGUCUCUACUUAAUAGCAAUGGACUAUUUUCUUUCAUCACAUAAAACAGCUAUUGCUGCAAUUUUGGCCGUCUUUCUCUACUCUCUGUUAUUGGCGAUAAUAAGAAAUUUGCUGAGAAAUAGAAGCAAGAAGAAUGCAGCACCAGAAGCGGGUGGGGCAUGGCCUUUGAUUGGUCAUCUUCACCUUUUACGCGGCCCAAAACCGCCUCAUAGAGUGUUGAGCAACAUGGCUGAUAAGUAUGGACCGAUCUUCACAGUCAAGAUGGGCGUGCACCAAGCUUUAGUGGUGAGUAAUUGGGAGAUUGCUAAAGAGUGCCUCACUACCCAUGACCAUCUUGCCAAUCGUCCAAAAGCAAUGGCCAUGGAGCUUUUAGGCUACAAUUUUGAUAUGAUUAGCUUCAGCCCAUAUGGCCCCCACUGGCGUCAAGUACGCAAGAUAUUAACACUUGAGGUUCUGUCAAACCAUCGGCUUGAGAAGUUAAAGCAUGUACGGGCAUCCGAGGUGAAGACUUCUUUGAAAGAGUUAUUUGAGCUAUGGAUGCAGAACAAAAGCAGUGAUUCAAACAAGGUGUUGGCGGCGAUGAAAAGAUGGCUUGGGGACAUAACACUUAAUAUUAUUUUAAAGAUAGUUGUAGGAAAGCGUUGCACUUCACAAGAGGGUGAAGCGAGUAAUGCAUGGAAAGAGGAACUAACGAAUUUUUUUGCAUUUAUUGGUAAGUUCGUGGUGUCAGAUGCGCUACCAUUUCUGAGGUGGUUGGAUAAAGGGGGCGAUGAGAGGUCGAUGAAGAAGACUGAUCCGAUCUCCAGAGAAUCUAAUUACUUGAUAUUAGACCCCACUGUUAACAUUUUUGUGUAUAUAUAUGCUCCAAUGGUUUUGCAGUCUCUCAUCUUAGCGGCCACGGACACUACAACAGUUACAUUGACAUGGGCUCUUUCUUUACUUCUCAACAAUCGGCAUGUCCUGAAGAAGGCACAAAAUGAACUGCAUGCAAAGGUUGGUAUAAGAAGGCAAGUAGAGGAAUCAGACAUAAAAAAUUUGGUUUAUCUCCAAGCCAUCCUCAAGGAAAUAAUGCGCCUGUAUCCUGCUGGACCACUCUCAGUUCCACACGAGUCUAUGGAAGACUGCAGCAUCAAUGGGUACCAUAUAGCAGCGGGCACACGUCUUCUUGUUAAUAUUUGGAAGAUUCAUCGUGAUCCACGUGUAUGGUCGGAUCCUAGUAGGUUUCAUCCAGAAAGAUUUCUUACAACCCACAAGGAUAUUGAUGUAAGGGGCCAGAAUUUUGAAUUUAUACCGUUCAGUAGUGGCAGAAGGAUGUGCCGAGGAGUGUCAUUUGCCCUUCAAGUUAUUCAACUUACACUUGCUGCGUUGCUGCAAGGGUUUGAUUUUGAAACUCAAUCAGAUGAACCUAUCGACAUUAGAGAGGGAAUUGGAUUGACCAUGGUGAAAACAGCUCCACUUGAAGUUCUUCUUACUCCACGCCUCCCUCUUCCUUAUAUGGUUAAAUUAUAUUCUGAGAUUUUUAUUUAUAAGCUUAAAUAUUGCUGUACCCAGAAUAUUUUAAAAUGCAUGGAUGAUGUGGCCUUCAUGCAUACUGUUUCAGGCCUAAUUCUAUUUAGUUGGUUUAAUUAUUCGCAAGUUUCCAGGGCUAUUGCGUACAUGACUUAGUUUUCAGAGGCCAUUGUGAAACGGUAAAUUGAUAGCUAAAGCUUAAAUAAUCUUGAGGAUAUAUCAGAUGGGGUACCGGAUUGUAUUUUUUUGGGAAUCUCAACCCGAUCUCCAAUAAUGAGACUGAUGUUCCAUCCCAAGUGUUAUGGUACAUCCAUAUGCUUACUCUGACUUCUUCUGGUGCUAGAUGAUCAAAAGCAUAACAUUCCUAACCCGGGAAACAAAUGAAAGCAAGAAUCCAAAAAUUUGUUGAUGGAAGAGCCGAACAUCUUUCAUUAGAAUUUUGGAGAUGGCAUCAAAGAUCAAGUGAAUUUUCGAUGUUUCGUUCCGGCCGUAGUGAUGGUGUAAGCAGAUAUAUAUGUUUCAAUCGUAAAAGUCUAUUAUAUAUUUCUAGUCAGAUCAGACAAGAAGAAUAGCUUUAGGAGAGCAUUUCAGUUGCGAGGGAGACCAGCUUUAAAAUAAAUUUAUU